AAUAAAGUCCCAAAUACACUCUCACCACAAACCAAAAUGAAAACGCUUAUCCCCUCCCUCUCAUCUCCACCGCACGCGCUUCUCCCCUCCUCUCCUCCGCCGUCGCCGUUGCCGCCGAUCAUCUCCCGCCGUCUCGCCAUCACCCUCUCCCUCUCUCUCUCCUCCCUCACCUUUCCCUUUCCCUCUCUUUCCGCCGUUCUCCCUUCCCCCUGCCCAUCCUCAGCCGCUGUAACAUCCAAAGCCUUCCUCGACAUUUCCAUUGCCGACAAACCCGCCGGCCGCAUCAUUAUCGGCCUCUUUGGCGCUGCCUCACCCGCCGCCGCGACAAGAUUCGCCUCUCUGGCGUCCGGCUCCGCCGGCGUCAGCUUCCGGCGGAAAGAGUUUAUCAAGAUCGCCCCCACCUUCGUCCAACACGCCGGCGUCCGAUCCUACGGCAUCGACGCUGAUCUCGCGCGCCGGGGUUCCGGCAUGGACCUCGCCGCCGACGAACUCAUCUCUGAGUGGGCGGCGGAGGCGGAUCGAUGUGCGGGCUUGAGAAGCACGGCGGGAACGGUGGGGAUCGUGGUGAGGAAUCCGGCAAGAUCUGCGCCUGCAACCCGAAUCGUGGCUAGGAAUGGGCGGAUUGAGGUGGAAGAAGAGGGUGAGGUGGGGCCCAACGGGACGGAGUUUGUGAUUGCGACAAGGGAUUCGCCGGAAAUGGAUGAGGCGGCGGUGGCGGUCGGGAGGGUCAUUGAUGGGAUGGACGUGGUGGAGAAGAUCGCCGGCGUUAGCGCGGUGAGAGAUAAUACUGGAUCGCCAUACUUCAGGCUUCAUUCAGGGGGAAAUUAUUACGCUUUAUUCAGAAAGAAAUUAUUACAUGCAGUCAUCAAACUCUUUGGUGGCAUAUCAGAAUGCGCCAUGUCAUCCAGUACACAGUACCGAUACACAAUAAAAAGUGACGUGACCCGUUCUAAUUCGCCUCCGAACGGUAUCCAGUGA